GGCCAGGGAGUGUCGGUCUGUUUAUCGGAUGAGAAGCAUCAAAUUUGUUUCGAACCGGCAGGCAGUAUUUAAACAAUAAACCGAUUUAUAAGCGUGGAAAUAUCAUUUUAAGCAAGAAACGGAAAUGAAGAGAACAACUGGCGCGGGAAUAGGAUUGUCGAACAGGUCGUUUUACAGAUUAUUUCUUUGUGCUCCGUGACUGUAGCCUAAUGUCCAAGGAAUUAGUCACCUAUAGACUUCGAUGGCUUAAUUCUAUUGUUGGCUGUGCAGUGAGACAAGACGUUGCUUAAACUGGAAAGAACGCAGUUGGAGGGAUGCUGAGGACCACUGUGGGCUCAGUAGAGGAGAGGGAUGAGGAGCAGGAGGAUGAAGGGGAUGAAGAGUUGAGGGAUGGAGGGGUGCCUUUCUAUGUGAACCGAGGUGGCCUCCCAGUAGAUGAGGAGACCUGGGAGAGGAUGUGGCGCCAUGUGGCUCGGAUCUAUCCAAACGGGUACACUGUGGGAAAGAGCAUCCGGGCGGCUACUGACCUGCCUAAGAUUCCAAUACCAAGUGUGCCUACAUACCAGCCUACAACCCUCGUACCACAGCGCCUGGAAGCCAUACAGAAAUACAUCAGGGAACUGCAGUACAAUCACACUGGGACACAGUUUUUUGAAAUCAAGAAGAGCCGUCCUCUUACAGCGCUGAUGGACAUCGCCAAGGAGAUGACACGUGAAGCCCUGCCAAUCAAAUGCCUGGAGGCGGUGAUCCUGGGGAUUUACCUGACCAACUGCCUGCCAUCUGUGGAGCGCUUUCCCCUCAGCUUUAAGUCUCAGUUCUCAGGUAACCACUUCUACCACAUUGUGCUGGGAGUCCACAGCGGGGGACGUUAUGGCGCACUGGGCAUGAGCCGCAGGGAGGACCUCAUGUUCAAGCCCUUGGAGCACCGGACACUCGUGGACUUGGUGCAGGACUUUGAAGGAGCCUACAGGGGCUACUGGCACACCCUUCGUAAGGUCAAGAUUGGCCAAUAUAUAUCACAUGACCCUCACAGUGUGGAGCAGAUCGAAUGGAAGCAUUCGGUUCUGGAUGUGGACAGACUCAGCAAGGAGGAGCUGCGGAAAGAGCUGGAGAGACACACUCGAGACAUGCGACUUAAGAUAGGAAAGCCAACACCUCCUUCUCCCACCAAAGACAGGAGAAAUAGCAUUGGCUCACCCCUCAGAGGUCCAGGAAGCCCCAUUCGUAGGAUCAGCCACGUUGAGAGACGUCACUCUGGAGAAAAGAAGGCUUUGGAACAGAAAACAUCUGAAGACAUGAAUGUGUAUCAGAUUCGAGUGUGAAAAAACAUUUUUGCAGCUGAAACAUAUUAGAUAAAACAUUCAAAAGGGAACCAGCAACCACUACACCCACACACACUCAGUAUCAUUGUCAUCAGGGUUUUUUAUCUCACAAGCAUUGGUGCUGGAGAUGUUCUCAAAUGUAAAGUAUUGUGCAAAGAUGACACGUAAUCAGUCACAUUAGAGAAAUAUAGGCAAUCGGUGUGUAUGUAAUACUUGAAAUAUAUUAGUAAUUUUAGUGUGUUCGUUCGUGUUGUUUCCCCAUCCUAUUGGACACAUGACUUUUAAGGCUGACCUAAAACUACCCCUGUCUGUGCCUUGGACUUUGAAUUAAGAUAAUUAUGGGGGGGAAAUAAUCAAAAAUCUUUUUUUUUUUCCUAAUUAAACACGAAACAUGUAAACUUGUAUGAAAGUGUUUCAACAAUCAAUUUAGCAGGCACAUCACAUUGAUAUGUUAUUUACUAUAAAUACAAGACAGAUGUCAACUGUUGAGUGAUGCAAAUAAAGAUGCAGCAUUUUUUUUAACACACUGGAUGCAACUUGCUAAAUCGUACUGUAGCUCUGCUUUCCUGUUAUCUGUAUUAAUAGCUUUUAACUUUUAUUUGUAGCAACUUAAUUCAGUUGUCGCUUGCCUUAAAGAUGAGACCUCCAUGUCGAAAUAAAUGAGGUGUCAAAGUAUUUGUUUGAAAUAAGUAAAGCAUUUCAGGCAUUAUUAGCUAUUUUGCCUGUUUGGUUUUAAUAGUUGUAGAGGUUGCCCUCUAGUGGGUUCUUCGGACCACCACACACUGCCAGGAGAGCCCGGAAUUCAGGGUAUAACACUGUUUUAUUUUCAUCAAAUAGUGCAAGUCUUUUGCUUUCCAGCAAACUGUCUUUCUCUCCUGCGUCCUCUCAGCAGCACCUCCAACUCCAACUACGUGUCUCAAUCCGGCUGCUGCUAAUAAAGGCGACAGGUGAUUAGAUAACAAGGCCCACCUGGGCCAUCUACGCACCUGUCGCUGUCUUCGAGGCCGGUCCUGGCACACCCCGUUCCGCGGCAGGCCCGCAGGCCACGCCCCCUUCCACAAUAGUUAUGUUUAAAUAAAUGUAAUAUUGAGUGUGACUGUUAUACUGUUACAUUGUGUAAAACCUACAUUUGGUAUUUGCAAACCUUACAAAAACACCUGAUUCUAGUAAAACUCACAUAUAUACAUUAUUCCAAGCAUUUUAGACAUAUUGCUUCUUUGGUUUUAGAGUUAUGUUUAUAUUACUUUCAUCUUUAGUAUGACAGUUAUACUGUCAUAUUGAGUAAAGGAACUAAUUUAUGCCUUUGCAAACCUCACAAAAGAUAUUUUUUCUAAUGCAACUCACAAAGAUACAUUAUUCCAGGCAUUAUUAGACAUUUUGCAUGUUUGGUUUUGGAGUUAUGUUUGAAUACAUUUUUAUUGCAUUUUUCGCAUCAUCUCAGGAUUCUAAGAACAUUACUGUCAUAUUGAGUAAACAACUAAUGUGUGUGUUUGCAAGCCUUAAAAAAAAGCAUAUGUUUCGAGUAAAACUCACAAAGAUAAAUUAUUUCAGGCAUUAUUAGCUGUUUUGCAUGUUUGGUUUUAAUAGUUACAUUAUCUCAGGAUUCUAAGAACAUUACUGUCAUAUUGACAGCGGGGUGGACCGCUUGCCUAUGCAUCGGUUGGGGACAUCUCUGCGCUGCUGACCUGUCUCCGCUCGGGAUGGUUCCGGCUGGCCCCACUAUGGACUGGACUCUCACUAUUAUGUUAGAUCCACUAUGGACUGGACUUUCAUAAUAUUAUACUAGACCCACUCGACGUCCAUUGCAUCUGGUCUCCCCUAGAGGGGGGAAGUGGGUGGGUGGGGGUGGGGGGGUCACCCACAUCUGCGGUCCUCUCCAAGGUUUCUCAUAGUCAUUCACAUCGACGUCCCACUGGAUUGUGAGUUUUUCCUUGCCCUUAUUGAACCGAGGAUGUCGUUGUUGCUUGUGCAGCCCUUUGAGACACUUGUGAUUUAGGGCUGUAUAAAUAAACAUUGAUUGAUUGAUAUUUAGUAUGAGAGUUAUACUGUCAUAUUGAGUAAAAAAAUAAUUUUGUGUUUUUGCAAACAUUACAAAAGAUAAUUUUUGUAGUAAAACUCACAAAGAUACAUUAUUCCAGGCAUUAUUAGAUAUUUUUCAUGUUUGGUUUAGGAGUUAUGUUUGAAUACAUUCGUAUUGCUUUUUUCUCAUUAUCUCAGGAUUCCAAGAUCGUUACUGUCAUAUUGAGUAAAAAAAACAUGUUUUGUGUGUUUUCAAACCUUACAAAAGCACGUUUCUCGUAAAACUCACAAAAAUACAUUAAUACGGGCAUAUGA